AUGGCCAUCACCGAGUUCCUCUUUCCAGCACUGAAGAAUGAUAAAGCUUCAGUCGAAAUGAUCACACGGAUUGCCCCAAUAUUCCGCAAGAAAUUGACACACCCAAAUCCUGGGUUUCUCCAAGGUUUCCGAGGAUUCGUUGUCACCGAAAAUGGAAAGGACGUGAGAGAAGAUUUCAGGGAGAUUGUCAUCUUUGAAUGGGACAAAAUGGACUCUUUCCACCACUUCGUCAAAUCGGAUCAGCUCAAAGAUGCUGUGUCGUCAAUAAAGCAUUUGAUGAACGGACCCCCGACGCUACAGCUCUUUGACACGAAUGUUGGACCCAAAGACGCAGCUUCAUCGCCUAUCGUCGAGAUUAUUCAGGCCAGAAUUUCGAAACCCGACCAUAUUGACGCCUCGUUAAAAGCGUGGGAGAAACUAUCUGGUCAUGUUGCCGAACGUCAAACCACCGUCACAUACGGCAAAAGCUUGAAUCUGGAGAAUUAUGUUGUUGCCGGGAUUAUCGGCUGGCAGGGACUUAAGGAAUACUCGGAAGGUUCUCAAGAUGAGCGCUUCCUGGAAGCUCUGGAUUCCCUCAAGUCCUUGGGAGAGAUCUCCCGAAUCACUGUUGAGGUUGAAGCGAUAGAAUUAGAGCCUCUUUGA